GAGUUAUGAUAACAAGACAUGAUCGAAUUCAAAUCUAGGAAGAAGAUGACCGAACUUUCUGCAAUGUCCACAAUUUUGCCCCCAGAGAUGGCGGAAGCAGAGAGUGCUGGGCAUCAACAACCGCUGAAAGUCUACCUUAGGAUAAGGCCUUUCUCUAAGGAUGAGAUCUCUGACAAUGAGGACCAGGGUUGUGUGGUGCUUGAGAAUGAUCAGACUGUCUCCCUGCAUGCUCCUAAGGGCUCUUCCACUAUGAAGAACAGUGAUAAAGGCAUUGGCCAGGCCAUUCACAAAUUCACUUUCUCUCAGAUAUUUGGGCCCGAGUCGAAACAAACUGAAAUCUUUGAAGGUACCAUUAAAGACCAAGUGUACCACUAUCUGGAGGGCAAGAAUGCCUUAAUCUUUAGCUAUGGUGUGACCAAUGCUGGCAAAACCCACACAAUACAAGGAACACAGAUCGACCCUGGAAUUCUGCCUCAGUCACUCAAUGUCAUCUUCCAACAUAUUCUCGGGAGACAGUAUGAGGACCUGGAUUUGAAACCAUAUCUCAACAACGAUGUCCAACAUUUAUGUCCGGACCAGGUCAAACAAGAGAUUAACGAUAAAGCAGCCAUAUUUGCACUUCUUAAAGAGGACAGUGAGUCUGUGAGAGUCAGGGCAGGUUCAUCAGACAGCCUUACUUACUCCACCACAAGCCUGGACUCCUCUUCAGGGGGGAACAAUCACACAGCUGACUUGGCAAAUACAUCUGAGAGGGAUGGCUGCCAGUUUGCCCUGUGGGUGGCAUUCUAUGAGAUCUACAACGAGAAUAUUUUUGACCUGGUCCAGCCUACCUCUUCCAGGAACAAGAAGCGUACUUCUUUGCGAGUGUGUGAAGACAGUGUUGGGAACUCUUACGUUAGAGAUUUAAAGUGGAUUAAUGUCCAGAAUUCAGAGGAGGCACGCAAGAUUCUCAGAGUUGGAAAUAAAAACCGAUCUGCUGCUUCCACCAAAAUAAACCAGUCUUCAAGCAGAAGCCACAGCAUAUUUACGAUGAAGUUGCUCAAGAUGUAUGGCACUGAGGUUCAGACGGUUUCAGAACUCUCUCUUUGUGACCUGGCUGGCUCUGAAAGAUGCAAUAAAACCAAGACGUUUGGGGAGAGGCUGAAAGAGGCAGGAAACAUCAACACGUCCUUGCUUAUCCUUGGCAAAUGCAUUGCAGCCAUGCAGAACAGACAAAGUGACAGAGUAAAGACCAGCUACAUUCCAUUCAGAGAGAGUAAACUAACAAGGCUCUUUCAGUCUUUUUUGUGUGGGAAGGGAAAAACGUCUAUGAUUGUCAACAUAAACCAGUGUGCAUCUACCUAUGAUGAAACUCUCCACGUCAUGAAGUUCUCUGCUGUUGCUAAACAGGUGGUGCAGGUUAUUCCAACCAAAUCCCUGGAAUCUUUAGCCCCAAGACUGGUUGGAUGGGAUGGCAAGCUUCUACUGAAGAAUGGGGUCAUCGAUAACCAAGCUCUGGAGAGCUACCUGUCUGAGGAUGAGCUGCUGGAUGAAGAGGAGGAGGCAGAUGUGUCCAUUUUGCCCCAGGAGGAGCUAUUGAAUGUGAUUGAGAACCUCAAGACGAAACUUUUGGCUGAGCGGAAAAAAAACCUGAUCCAGGAGAUUGAAAUUCGCAAUGAGAUGGGAGAUGCUAUGUUGCAGCAACUCAUGGAGAGUGAAGAACUUCAAAAUCGUCAGAUGGCAGAGAUGAAGGAGAGCUACCAGGAGAAGAUGGAAAACACGUUUGAGAUGUACAAGGAUGCCCUUAAGGAGCAUGCAUACCAGUGUGCUCUUGCUCGUGUGGAAGAUGACUAUGUCCCAUUGGCUGUAUUCUUUGCUGAACAGGAUAAAGUAGAGGAGCUGAAUCACAAGAUGGCUGAGAUGGAGAACAAGUUGGCAGCAACCAGAAUGGUGCCAUCCUGUGUUUCAACACAAGACAACUCCUGCCAGACACCGGACCCCUCACAACUAGAUGUUCAAAUGGAUUCAGAGAGAUACAAAGUUCUUUGUGAAGAAAAAAGUUCCAUAGAGAAACUCUGUGAAGAGAAAGAACAAUUAAUUUCAGUUAUACAAAAGAGGUUGAUGGAAUUGAAUGAAACAUUUGAAGAGGCAAUAGCAAAUUCGUCAGCUCUACAGAAAAAGCUGGAGGAGCAGGAUCACCAUCUAGACGGGAUACGGAGAGAGAAUAUGGAGAAGGAUGAGGAAGUUGCCUUUUUAAAAGCGGAGCUGGCCAAGCCGAGCAAGAAAUCUCCCAUCCGAACCAAACGGGGACUGCUUGCCAACAUUAAGGACGCCGUGACGUCACCACGGAAGAGCACCGUCUGUAAGACGCUGAGGAAAUCCUCCAAGACCACUUCCUUGCUGAAGAAACCCUCCCAGUAG